GUCGUUAGUUCUCGGCGUUUGUUUACAUUCGUUGCAUUUGAUCUGUGAUACAUUUGAUUUGUGUUGUUAAUUUGCUUUUAUAAGUAGUCGGAAAUGGCAAGUUGUGCUAUAGCGUUGUGUCAGAAUUAUAGAAGGAAAACUAAAAGUCAAGGCAUCACAUACCAUCGUUUUCCAAGUGAUCCAGAACUUCGUAAGUUAUGGACUAAUCGCUGCAAAAGAGCAGAUAAUUUCAACAUCGAAAAUGCCAGAGUAUGUGCUCUUCAUUUUACACCUGAUGACUACGUACGAGAUCUAAAGGCAGAAUUGCUUGGUUCAACUCCUAAAAGGGUGCUGAAAGCCAAUGCUGUUCCCACUUUACAUCUUCCGUCAUCAUCAUGUGAAAAUAACUCAUCAAUAAAGUAUAUAUGUUGUGCUUCAAAAACUGAACCUAAUCUGGAGAGAACGUUUUCUAACAGGAAUGAGUCAUCUAAAUUUAUGCUAAAAAGGGAUAGAGCAAGCAGGUGUCAGGCUCGGGGAACAAGGAAACGAGCAUUGGAAAAUUUAGCUUCCCUUUCCCCCAAAAAGAAAAAAACUACAAGCUGAUAAGAUAGACUGUGCAACUCAGUUUACAUCCAGUGACACAUCUCAUUUAGUUGAGCGUGUGCAAAUCUUAGAAAAGGAAAAUAAGAGAUUAAAUGUGUUGUGCAGUCAAUUGAAAAUGCAAAAGAAAAUUAUUUUUACUGAACUUACUGCUUCUCGUAGAAAAUUGCGUAGCUAUCAGAAAAUGAGCAGGAAAGUAACAAGCAAACAAGUACAUAGUGCAGUUAAAAAAAUUUUAGGGACAAUUUUUACGGACAAUCAAAUUCGCUUUCUCAUGUCAAAUAAAAAAUAUGUUAAGUGGAAUGCAGAUGACAUUUGCAAAUCUGCAACACUUAGGGCAGUAUCCAAAAGAUGCUAUAACUAUCUCAGACAAAAAAUGGGAUUUCCAUUUCCUAGCAUUUCGACUUUGAAGAGAUGGGUAUCUUGUUCAUUUCGCUGUUCUCCUGGUUUGCUACACGAUGUAAUUCAUGUUAUGCGUGCUGGGGCAUUACAGAUGACAGACAAAGAAUGUAUGUGUGUUCUUUCAUUCGAUGAAAUGAACGUGGAUAGUAGAAUCUGUUAUGACCAAGCAGAAGAUAAGAUUGUUGGCCCACA